UUCAUCUCUCAUACUUCACUGUCAAAACCUUGCUAGAUGUAAAUCAGUUGUACGGUUUGAUUUGUGUGUCACACCUGUGAUUGCCUUGUAGCGUAGAAAAUUAUAAGGUUUGCCUGUACUAGCCAGCCUGCUUGACUUUUCAUUAUGCUCUGACAUUGCAACUUUGUGAACACUUGGUUUGAAGACAGCUGAACUCUUCCUGCAUAUUUUUCAGCUGAGACAGAAGUAACAGCAUGUUCAAGUUGUUAAUUAUAAGGAUUUUUUUGCUCGUUUGUUCUUUGCAUUAAUUAACAAUUUUAGUACUUCCUUUUUCCAAAAUGAACAAUUAAUUUUAUGGAGGUGGAUAGCAUAUUGCCAGGUGGUUGAUGAUAAGAGGAAAGUGCAUGCUAAAUACUUUAAGCUGUUGAGAGUUGUUUCAAUUUCAGUGUCAUAUCAACUAUUAAUCUCAAAACAUCCAUAUUUUAAAUCGUGAGUCCUUGAAAGCUAACUAUGUGAAAGUAUUGUGAAGAGGUUUCUGUUACAGAAUCAAGACCUUAGUGUGCAACUACUUUUCAACUACUCAUUUUUUCUCAUAUUUUUAAACAGGUUAUGCUUAGAAGAGAAGUCUCUAUUACUUCAGUGUUGUCCACUAGCUCAUCUGUUGAUGCUUUAUAUGCUUCCUUUAUAACUCCGUGGUAGAACAACUUCCAAGAGUCUCUGGUUACUGCAGCAUCUGGAUCCAGAGGUUAUUUUUAAGAAAAUGUGGACUGCUAAAACUCUUUGUAGUGUUCGAAUACACUUGCUUCAGUUGAAAGAAGGCAGAUUAUGUAAUUGUAUGUUUCCAAAAACUCGGCAGUUCUGCAUUGGUGUUCUAAACUAUUGUACUGUACAGGCACCACAUAACAGAGUUAAAUGCCAGAUUUCAAAGGUACAUGAUGAAAAGGAAGUAGUAGAUACAACAGCUGCUUUUAGUGCACAAGGAACUAAAAUAGCUGCUGGAAAAAGUCUCAGUGGAAUAUGGGAUGGAAAACAACAUUCAUUAGAAGCAAAAAUGAAACAUCUCAACCUGUCAUUUGCAGCUUGUGGGUUUCUGGGUAUUUACCACUUGGGGGCAGCAGCUGCUCUUUACAGGCAUGGUAAGAAGUUACUGAAAGUUGUGAAAGCUUUUGCAGGAGCUUCUGCGGGAUCACUGGCUGCCACUGUCUUACUAGCAGUGCCAGAAAAUAUAGAGGAAUGUAAGCAAUUUGCCUAUGAGUUUGCAGAGGAAAUUAGAAAAUUGGACUUUGGUGCAGUAACACCUGGUUAUGAUUUCAUGAAAAGACUUAGGGGAGGCAUAGAAUCUAUUCUUCCUUCUAACGCUCAUGAGAUAGCUGAGAACCGGCUCUAUGUGUCAAUCACUAACACCAAAAAUGGGGAAAAUUAUUUGAUUUCAAGUUUUGCUUCCAGGGAGGAUCUCAUUAAGGUCCUGCUGGCAAGUAGUUUUGUGCCAGUAUAUGCAGGAAUUAAGCCAGUGGAAUAUAAAGGAGAGAAAUGGGUUGACGGUGGCCUUACCAAUGGCCUUCCUAUCUUGCCUGUGGGACGAACAGUGACAAUUUCUCCUUUCAGUGGUCGAUUAGAUAUCUGUCCACAAGAUAAAGGACGUAUGGAUCUUUAUGUUAAAUUUGCAAAACAAGAUAUAAUGCUGUCUUUGGCCAACCUAGUAAGACUUAAUCAAGCUUUGUUCCCACCAAACAUGGAGAAAAUGGAAUUGCUGUACCAAAAUGGGUUUGAUGAUGCUGUGUGCUUUUUACUAAAAGAAAACUGGUUUGAAUAGAUUGUACAUAGAAAAUUAACGAAGCUUGAUGGCUGUCAAAGCGCAGCUAUAGACAUCCUGCAAAAUCUAAGGGAAUGCUGUCACAAUUUCUUUAUAUCAAAAUAAAAAUGCCAGUGGAAUUACAUCUACUUUUGUGAAGAAAAUAUACAGGUGUUCUGGAUAGAAUUCAAAAACAUGUCAGAAAUGGAAUUGUCCUUGCAUGGUAAAAGAUAACUGUCUUGUUUAGAGGAGGUCGUUCAGUUUUAGAUCUGUUUUGCCUCAAAGCACGACUUUAUUGUGAGAUUUGUGAAAGCUUGUGUUAUCGUGCUUACAGAAAUUUGAGAAUGUCUUUUUUCAUGUUAUUUAUUUGGGAGAUGAAUCCAGUUUGUACCCAAAAAAUUACAGUCUAUGUUGUUCACUUAAUAGUUGUGCACAUUAAUUGAAUGCUUGCAAGGUUGCUAGUUUUAGGAUUCAAAUGCAUAUCUCCUGUAGUGUUCUACAGGACUUGAACUCUUAACACUAGCCACAACAAAUAAAAGAUUUGCACUCUUUUACUGUGAUACUGUAUUUUUUCACAUUAAAAGUUCUUGUCCUUAUCAGUGAGUGUAGUCUUUUUAAAAUUGAAAUGCUAUUCUAAAAUUUGUAAUGCUGUAUUUUUUUGUCCAUGAAAAUACCUUGUCAAGGAGACGGAAAUAUUUAUAUUAGUUAUAUUUUUUAGCUGAGGAAGAAAGUAUAAUAUUGAAUAAAUAUAUUUUUUGAAGCUUUGUCCAGAGCUUGUUUAUAAAUUUCUCAGAAUGCUAUAUAACAAAUUGAUUAUUUACCCAGAUCUGUCUGUUGGAGGGAAGCUGAAAUAAGUUAGCAGGUAAUGAAUUCAGACUCUUGUGUCUUGGUCUUUUACCAUUGCACUUAACUUUGACUUUAGGUUCAAAAUUUUCAGUCCUAAUAGCUAAAUGCUAAAAGUUGCAACUGUUUGCUAUUAUUUUUAUGGCUUUUAAGUUGAACUUUGACAAAAAUUUGAGGUUGAAUUACAUCUUUAUAUAUGAAAGUAUAGCAUUCUCCGAAAAUGAUGCCAAAUGUCUGCAAAUUCUGUGGAAGGGAGGAGUUAAAAAUAUCUGCUAUUGAAAUUUGAAAGCUUCUUCAGCACAUAACCACUAGAUUUAUAUUCAAAUACA